AUGUUCGUUUACAAGCGAGACGGACGCAAAGAACGCGUGCAGUUCGACAAGAUCACUGCCCGUGUGUCUAGGCUGUGUUACGGCCUCGACCCGGAGCACGUCGAUGCAGCAGCUAUCACGCAGAAGGUUAUCUCUGGUGUCUACCAGGGUGUUGGAACUAUUGAGCUGGACAACCUGGCUGCCGAGACUGCUGCGUACAUGACCGUGACACACCCCGACUAUGCCAUCCUCGCUGCCCGCAUCGCCGUAUCCAACCUUCACAAACAGACCAAGAAGCAAUUCUCUAUGGUCAUCUCCGAUCUCUACCACUAUGUCAACCCUAAGAACAAUAAGUCUGCUCCCAUGAUCUCGAAAAGUAUCUACGAGACCGUGAUGAAGCAUGCCGAUGAGCUUAACUCUGCCAUCGUGUACGACCGUGACUUCAACUACAACUUCUUCGGCUUCAAGACCCUGGAGCGCUCAUAUCUCCUCCGUAUCGACGGCAAGGUGGCUGAGCGUCCUCAGCAUCUGCUGAUGCGUGUAUCAGUCGGUAUUCACGGCGAUGAUAUUGAGAAGGCCAUCGAGACCUACCACUUGAUGUCCCAGAAGUACUUCACCCACGCUUCCCCCACUCUGUUCAACGCUGGUACCCCCCAGCCUCAGCUGGCUUCUUGCUUCCUGGUUGAUAUGAAGGAGGACAGCAUUGAGGGUAUCUAUGACACUCUCAAGACCUGUGCUAUGAUCUCCAAGACUGCUGGUGGUAUUGGCCUGAACGUCCACCGCAUCCGUGCCACCGGUUCCUACAUUGGCGGAACCAACGGCUCUUCCAACGGUAUUGUCCCCAUGCUUCGUGUGUACAACAACACUGCCCGCUACGUCGACCAGGGUGGUAACAAGCGCCCUGGUGCGUUUGCCAUCUACCUGGAGCCGUGGCACGCCGAUGUUUUCGAGUUCCUGGACCUCCGGAAGAACCACGGUAAGGAGGAAAUCCGUGCUCGUGAUCUGUUCUAUGCUCUGUGGACCCCCGAUCUGUUCAUGAAGCGUGUCGAGGCCAACGGUGACUGGACUCUCUUCUGCCCGAACGAGGCUCCCGGCCUGGCUGAUGUCUACGGCGAUGAGUUCGACGCUCUCUACGAGCGCUACGAGAAGGAGGGCCGCGGCCGUACCACCAUCAAGGCUCAGAAGCUGUGGUACGCCAUUCUCGAGGCUCAGACCGAGACCGGUAACCCCUUCAUGCUGUACAAGGAUGCUUGUAACAAGAAGAGUAACCAGAAAAACCUGGGUACCAUCCGCAGCUCCAACCUGUGCACUGAGAUCAUCGAGUACAGUGCCCCCGAUGAGGUCGCUGUCUGCAACCUGGCCUCUCUGGCUCUGCCCACCUUUGUUGAUGCUGCUCGUGGCGAGUACGACUUUGGCAAGCUGCACGAGGUUGUCCAGGUUCUGGUUCGUAACCUGAACAAGAUCAUUGACAUCAACUACUACCCCGUCCCUGAGGCCAAGAAGAGCAACUUCCGUCACCGUCCCAUUGCUCUGGGUGUCAACGGUCUUGCCGAUGCCUUCUUGGCUCUGCGUCUGCCCUUCGACUCCCCCGAGGCCCGUCAGCUCAACAUUCAAAUCUUUGAGACCAUCUACCACGGUGCUCUGACUGCCUCGUCGGCUCUGGCCAAGGAGCAAGGUCCGUACGAGACCUACCAGGGCUCUCCUGUCUCCCAGGGUAUUCUGCAGUAUGACAUGUGGGAUCGUACCCCCACUGAUCUUUGGGACUGGGCUGCCCUGAAGGCCAAGAUCGCCGAGACUGGCGUUCGCAACAGUCUGCUGGUCGCUCCCAUGCCCACUGCCAGUACCAGUCAGAUCCUGGGCUUCAACGAGUGCUUCGAGCCCUACACCUCCAACAUCUACUCCCGUCGUGUGCUCGCCGGUGAGUUCCAGGUUGUCAACCCCUGGUUGCUGAAGGAUUUGGUCGACCUGGGUCUGUGGUCGGACAACAUGAAGAACCGUAUCAUCGCCGACGGUGGUUCGGUCCAGAACGUCCCCAACAUUCCGGCCGACAUCAAGGCUCUGUACAAGACUGUUUGGGAGAUCUCCCAGCGUUCCAUCCUCCAGAUGGCCGCCGACCGUGGUGCCUACAUCGACCAGUCGCAGUCCUUGAACAUCCACCUGAAGGAGCCCACCAUGGGCAAGAUCACCUCCAUGCACUUUGCCGGCUGGAAGAUGGGACUGAAGACUGGCAUGUACUACCUGCGUACCAUGGCCGCUUCCGCCCCCAUUCAGUUCACCGUCGACCAGGAGCAGCUCAAGGUCGAGGAUACCAACAUCGCCCGCGCCAACGCUAACUUCAAGAAGCGCACCGUCGGCGCCGCCUCCUCCACCUAUUCUGCCGUCCCCCGCGCUAGUGGCACUGAGGCCGCCUCUGCUGCUGUCAAUGCCCCUCCCAGCCAGGAGAGCCCUCGCACUCUGGUCGCGGACCCCAUGGCCGCUGCCUCGACCCGUGAGAACGGUGUUCCUGCUGCCGAGGCCAACCUCGCUGCUGCUCAGGAAGAGGACUCUGCGGAGAAAACUGAAAGCCGUGAGGGUGAUAUUUACUCUGACGCAGUUCUGCAGUGCAGCAUUGAGAACAAGGAGGCCUGCCUCAUGUGCCAGGGUUAA